CAUUCUCAACGGUUGCGUCCAUCACUCCCUCUCUUCUUCCCUCACUCGCAGCCUCCACCACAAACGAACGCAUGCAGAGGCAACAAUAGAGAGCGAGAUAGAGAGAGAGAGAGAGUGCGUACGUGUGUGUCUGUCUCUGUGGCACAGGUAUCAUAACUCAGGUUGCAGACAAACAAAUCAGCACCUUUUCCAACAUACGCCUUCAUUGUACUACGUGGUUCUUUUUAUAUAUGUCGUGGUUGUAGCUGUGACAGUUGUGUAGUGUAUCAACCCUUUCUCUUCUCACUUCUUCCCCUCACUCACUCAUCCAUUCACCCCAUUAAUUCCCUUAAUAAAAGAUCAAAUUUUUCAUCGUUCAUUCAGAUCCGUUUCAUCCCCCUGUUUCAAAAACUAAACCCAUUUUCCGAAUCUAAAACAAAAACCCAGCAUGAGUUCCGACGAUGGUGUUCAGAUCCACCAGAGUCGGAGGUUGCCGGAUUUUCUGCAGAGUGUGAAUCUGAAGUAUGUGAAACUAGGGUACCAUUAUUUGAUAACCCAUCUUUUGAAACUAUGCUUGAUCCCUCUCAUAUCCAUCAUCUUGAUUCAAGCAUCUCAGAUGAACCCUGAAGACAUUCACAUGCUCUGGCUCCACCUUCAGUACAACCUCGUCAUCGUCAUCAUCUGUUCCGCAAUCCUCGUUUUCGGAUCCACCGUAUACAUCAUGUCACGGCCAAGAUCCGUUUACCUUGUGAACUUCUCCUGCUACAAACCCCCUUCUCAUCUCAAAGUCAAAUUCUCCGAAUUCAUGGAACAUUCAAUUCUCACAGGGGACUUUGAUGAGUCUUCUCUCCAAUUUCAGCGCAAGAUUCUAGAACGUUCUGGUCUUGGCGAAGAGACCUAUGCCCCUGAAGCCAUGCAUAGCAUUCCACCAACGCCAUCCAUGGGUGCUGCAAGGGAAGAGGCAGAGCAGGUGAUGUUUGGUGCACUUGAUAACCUCUUUGCAAAUACCAAGAUCAAACCCAAGGACAUUGGAAUCCUUGUUGUUAAUUGCAGCUUGUUCAAUCCAACCCCUUCUCUUUCUGCUAUGAUAGUGAACAAGUACAAGCUGAGGGGUAAUAUAAGGAGCUUCAACUUGGGGGGUAUGGGUUGCAGUGCUGGUGUUAUAGCAAUUGAUCUUGCUAAGGAUAUGCUUCAGGUUCAUAGGAACACUUAUGCUGUGGUGGUUAGCACUGAGAACAUUACUCAAAAUUGGUACUUUGGGAAUAAGAAGUCCAUGUUGAUACCCAAUUGUUUGUUUCGCGUUGGUGGGUCUGCGGUUCUGCUUUCUAACAAGGCUUCUGAUAGAAGACUAGCCAAGUACAAGCUUGUUCAUGUUGUGAGGACUCACAAAGGUGCAGAUGAUAAGGCAUUCAAGUGUGUUUAUCAGGAGCAGGAUGAUGCUGGGAAAACGGGUGUUUCAUUGUCAAAGGAUCUCAUGGCUAUUGCUGGUGGAGCUCUUAAGACUAACAUCACAACUUUGGGUCCCCUUGUAUUGCCCAUAAGCGAGCAACUUCUCUUCUUUGCUACUUUGGUCUGCAAGAAGCUAUUCAAUGCAAAAAUGAAGCCUUAUAUCCCUGAUUUCAAGCUUGCUUUUGAUCAUUUCUGCAUACAUGCUGGUGGCAGGGCUGUGAUCGAUGAGCUUGAGAAGAACCUGCAGCUUCUGCCUGAGCACGUGGAAGCAUCUAGAAUGACUUUACACAGGUUUGGGAACACUUCCUCCAGUUCAAUUUGGUAUGAGUUGGCUUACAUAGAAGCAAAGGGAAGGAUGAGGAAGGGAAACCGAGUCUGGCAUAUUGCAUUUGGGAGUGGGUUCAAGUGUAACAGUGCAGUGUGGGAGGCCUUGAAACAUGUGACGCCCUCACCCAAGUGUCCAUGGGAAGAUUGCAUUGACAUGUACCCAGUUAAGAUUGUUACAUAGUUCUAUUAUGAGUUAGAUGGUCUUGCUUCGUCUGAAAUAGGUAUGUAUCUUCUUUUUAUUUCUUAGUUUAUUAGCUCAGGGAUGUCUGUGUUUGAUACUUAGAAGUCACAGUUACUUAAUCCAUAUUGGGUUGCUUGAGCUCUGAACCCUGACUAUUAGCUGUAAAAUCAUUUCCU